GGGCCUGAGGUGGGGAGUGUGGGGCUGCUGGGCGGGCGACACCUCGAGUCGGGGUGUAGGGAGGGCGUAGUGUGGGACGCGCCCCGGCCAGAGAAGUCGCUUUCCCGAGAGUUGCCGAGCCCCGCGCACAACCGGCAGCCAGAGCCGCAGGCUGGGAGGGGCGGCUUGGCCGGGGCCCGGUGUUAGGCUGAGGAGGGAGCGAGAAGCCCCCAGGGAAAGGAAGCGGCCGAGCCCGCGCGCCCGCAGGAGCGGGAAGCACCCGGCCACCUCUUCCCGCUGCUCCAGCCUCGGCGGUGGCGGAGCAGCAAGGGGAGGAGCAACAACUGCCGAGUCCGCCAACGGGAGCAGUGGAGGCGGAGCCGGAGCUCUGGAGCCGCCUCGGGCGCUGCCUGGGCUGUAGUUUCCCGGGAGAGAGGAGGAGGAGCGGAGCGGAGCGGAGCGCAGCCGGGAGCCCAGCUCCAGCCUCCCGCCAAGGGUAGCAGGUGUGUGGGAGGUAAGCGCGGUGUCCCGCUCGAGCAUCCGCACCCUGCCCGGAAGAAAGCUUCUUCCCCAGCAAUUAUAGGAAGGCACAACUGCAAGAGUCUGGCUUGAGUUAGUAAACCUGUGCAAACCCUGACGGGUAAAAGAUGUAGGUUUUUGGACUUUGAGGGAGCAAAAAACCAAAAGGUAGCUUGACCCUGAGUAUAAAGGGCAUGGUUAGUGUUUUGGGUUUGAGUUGCAUCAACUGUUCAGGGAGAUCGGCAAGAUUGAGCGAAGUCCUGCUUAUGAAGGCUUGAAACCAUUCCAGUAUGGCUUUGCUUGGACUAUUCUCUUUCCUGAUUCUGCAAAGUCUGGUGUUAGGGGCCACUUUCCCUGAUGAAACCAUUGCUGAAGUGUCUGUGAAUAUGUACAACCAUCUUCGAGCCACUGCGGAAGAUGAAAAUAUUCUCUUCUCUCCAUUGAGCAUUGCCCUCGCAAUGGGAAUAAUGGAACUUGGGGCUCAAGGGUCUACUCUGAAAGAAAUCCGCCAUUCAAUGGGAUAUGACAACUUAAAAAAUGGUGAAGAAUUUUCUUUCUUGAAGGAUUUUUCUAGUAUGGUAACUGCUGAAGAGAGACAAUAUGUGAUGAAAAUUGCCAAUUCCCUCUUUAUACAAAAUGGAUUUCAUGUCAAUGAUGAGUUUUUGCAAAUGAUGAAAAAAUACUUUAAUGCAGAAGUAAAUCAUGUGGACUUCAGUCAGAAUGUAGCUGUGGCCAGCUACAUCAAUAAAUGGGUGGAGAAUAACACAAAUAAUCUGCUGAAAGAUUUGAUUUCCCCAAGGGAUUUUGAUGCUGUCACUCAUCUGGCCCUCAUCAAUGCUGUGUAUUUCAAGGGCAACUGGAAGUCACAGUUUAGACCUGAAAAUACUAGAACUUUUUCCUUUACUAAAGAUGAUGAAAGUGAGGUCCAAAUUCCAAUGAUGUAUCAACAAGGAGAAUUUUAUUAUGGGGAAUUUAGUGAUGGCUCCAAUGAAGCUGGUGGUAUCUACCAAGUCCUAGAAAUACCAUAUGAGGGUGAUGAGAUAAGCAUGAUGCUGGUAUUGUCCAGACAGGAAGUUCCACUGGCUGCUCUAGAGCCAUUGGUCAAAGCACAGCUGAUUGAAGAAUGGGGCAACUCCGUGAAGAAGCAAAAAGUAGAAGUAUACCUGCCCAGGUUCACAGUGGAACAGGAAAUUGAUUUAAAAGACAUUUUGAAGGCUCUUGGAAUAACUGAAAUAUUCAUCAAAGAUGCAAAUUUGACCACCUUGUCUGAUAACAGAGAGAUAUUCCUUUCCAAAGCAAUUCACAAGUCCUUCAUAGAGGUUAAUGAAGAAGGCUCAGAAGCUGCUGCUGCUUCAGGAAUGAUUGCAAUUAGUAGGAUGGCUGUGCUAUAUCCUCAAGUUAUUGUCGACCAUCCAUUUUUCUUUCUUAUCAGGAACAGGAGAACUGGUACAAUCUUAUUCAUGGGACGAGUCAUGCAUCCUGAAACAAUGAACACAAGCGGACAUGAUUUUGAAGAACUUUAAAUUACUUCAUUUGAGUAACAAGGAAAAUAUUAGUGAAGCACAUUAUGUUUGCAACUGGUAUAUAUUUAAGAUUUGUGUUUUACAGUAAUAGUUCAGUGUUUUAAGGUGAUAUUUAACAUAGUUGUAGAUAGAAACAAUAUAUGUAAAUUAUAAGUCAACAGUGUCAAGGAAUGUUAUCAGUAUUAAGGUAAUGGUCCUGUUAUGUCAUUGUGUUUAUUGUGAUGUUAUUUAAAAUAAAAGUAUAUACUGAACAUGGGAA